AUGGCGCAGUGGGCUCGACCUGCUCUCCGCGCGCUCAGACUCUGGGGCCCGAGCGGUGAGCUGGCCUGGGCCCGCCGGCCUCGGUUCGUCCGGGUAGCAGCCGCGGGGCGGGCAGGGGGAGACGGGUGCCUCGGGGCUGCCGUGGUGGCCCGCGGCCGGGGAAGGCCCACAGCGGGCUCAGUGCCCGGCGCGGCGAUCCUCGGGUCCCCUCGCGUGGUGGGCGGGGCGGCAGCAGAACCUGACCUUUCCGUGGGUGGACGGCCGCCCUCCUGUCCUUCUGCUGGUGUCGCGAGUGUCUCAGGAAACGGAGGCAACAGCGCGAAGGAGAAGCUCUCCCUGCAGGACGUGGCGGAGCUGAUUCUAACGCAGGCCUGCAAGAGGGUGGUGGUCAUGGUGGGGGCUGGCAUCAGCACGCCCAGCGGCAUCCCCGACUUCAGGUCUCCAGGGACCGGCUUCUACAGCAGCUUCCAGCACUGCGAUGUCCCGUACCCUGAGGCCAUAUUUGAACUCACCUUCUUCCUCCACAACCCCACGCCCUUCCUCACGUGGGCCAAGAAGAUGUACCCAGGGAACUACAGGCCCAACGUGAUCCACUACUUCCUGCGGCUGCUCCAGGACAAGGGGCUGCUCCUGCGGCUCUACACGCAGAACAUCGACGGGCUAGAGCGAGCGGCCGGCAUCCCUGCCUCGAAGCUGGUGGAAGCGCACGGCUCCUUUGCCUCUGCCACCUGCACCGUGUGCCACAGAGCCACCCAGAUGGAGGGCUUCUGGGAGGCGGUGAUGGAGGACAAGGUCCCCCGCUGCGCAGUCUGCACUGGCCUCGUGAAGCCCGACAUCGUGUUCUUCGGGGAAGCGCUGCCCCAGAGGUUCCUGCUGCACGUGGUGGACUUCCCCACCGCCGACCUGCUGCUCAUCCUGGGAACCUCCCUGCAGGUGGAGCCUUUUGCCAGCCUGUCGGAGGCCGUGCGGAGCUCGGUGCCCCGCGUGUUCAUGAACCAGGAGGCGGCGGGGUCCCUGGCCUGGCACUCUCGCAGAAAGGACGUGCUGCAGCUGGGGGAGCUGGUGGACAGCGUGGACAGGCUGGUGGCGCUGCUGGGUUGGACGGAGGAACUGAAGGACCUGGUCCAGCGGGAGAUGGGGCAGCUCAGUGGCCAGGACAGAUAG